CUCAUGACCUUCUGUACACUGUGCACCUGCAACACUCCCGAGAUUUUAUAAUGUUUGAGAUGGGUCUUCGGUAUUGCGACAUUGUGGAUGCGCAUCUCGACAUGAACAAGGGACGGCUCGGCAUUGUCACGGUUUUAUUCCGAACCUGGACAACCCGAUUUGUACCAAUGCGGCGAGUAUAGCCCAAAGGUAGAGGCGGCGUUUUCUGAGUCAUUAUUGAGCCUAUAGUUGUCCUACAGCUGUCGCCAGAUAAGGUGGAGAACAUAUAAGUCGCCAUUGAUCCAGCACAGGCUUUCCUUGCAAUCUUCCCCUCCACCUCACAUUCAUCCUCCUAGCUAUCGCCAGCAAUCACAUCAUGAAGCACGAACGCGCGACGCUUCCGACGCCUACCUCGAGCAGCUCUUUCUGGCACACCGAGCCUAAUGAGUUCCUGAUCGGACACCGUACAACCGAGAAGCUACCUGCUGAGGCGGACAUUGUUAUCGUAGGAAGUGGCAUAACAGGCACAUCGGCUGCUAGGUAUCUGGCCGAAGAUGAAAGAGCCAAGGAUAAGAGUAUUGUGCUUCUCGAAGCCAGGGAAGCAUGCUGGGGAGCCACAGGUAGGAACGGUGGACAUUGCCAGCCGCUACUCUUCGAUCGUAGCGCCGAGGUGGCCGCUUUCGAAAUGAGAAACGUUCACGCGGUCCGAUCGUACGUUAAGAAAAACAACGUUCCUUGCGAAUGGCGAGACGUAACUGGGUGUCGCUCGUUCUGGGCAGAAGAUGUGAUGCGGGAAGCUGAGAAAGAGCUGGCGCACCUCGAGACGGUUGCUCCAGAGUUGAGGAAGUUGGUAACAAUUGUUCGUGACAAAGAUGAGUUAAAGAAGCACCGAGUCUCCCCUGAUGCUGUCGGGGUAACACUUAGCCAAGGUGCAGCAAGCUUGUGGCCUUACAAGCUAGUAACAUUUACUCUGGAACAACUCGUCAAGGCUGGACAGCUCAAUCUGCAGACCAAUACUCCCGUCAGCGACAUCACAUCCGCGCACGGCAAACACACUCUACAUACCGACCGUGGCACCAUCAGCGCAAAGCAAGUCAUCCUAGCCACUAAUGGCUACACAUCGGCCCUCCUUCCUCAUUUUGCCGAUCUCAUCGUUCCCGUACGCGGUGAGAUGACAGCUCUCCUUCCCCCUAAGGGCAGCACAAUCCUCCCAGACUCGCAUGGCAUGGUUGGGGCUCUUGGACAGCCGGCGAAUAAUUACGACUAUCUUGUGCAGCGUCCAUUCGAAGGUGUCCCAAACCCUCGCGGACAUCUGAUGUUUGGCGGCGGCCAUGGAGCGGGCCACCUGCCCACUGUUGGUGUUUCAGACGACAGUGUCAUCGAUGAGGACUCGGUAGAGUACCUCCGGGGUGCGCUUCUGAAACUUCUUGAGCUUGACGGGGAGACGGAAGGUUUGCAGGAGCUUGAGGCUGUUGGUCAGUGGACAGGCAUCAUGGGUUACAGCCGUGACGAUCGUCCUUGGGUAGGCAAAGUGCCGGAUCGCGAGGGACUGUGGCUUUCAGGUGGGUAUACUGGUCACGGUAUGCCGAACACGACGCUCUGCGGCAAGGCAGUUGUACACAUGCUGCUUGGAGAAGAAGCUGGCCUGGAAUUGGGCACCCUCCAAACGCAAUUAGUGCAAAGUGGUGAUAUUCCCAGCAGCUACAUCCUGACAAAGGAACGGAUUGAGAAGGCAAGAACGGCUUUCCUCACAGUCCAACAACAAGACGAGCGAGGGAUUCACAUGAACGGUGUAGUGUAAGGUAUGUUUGGGUCAAUUCAUCCGAAAACGUCGUCCAACAGCAUGCCUGCAGAAUCUUACCAGAAGUUUCCAUAUCUGCAGGCCAAAAGUGAUUCAGCUUACUUUUCCCGGAAUAUGCAUCACCCCCGCCAACGCUGACUAAUGACGUCUUAGCCUACCUUUAUCUAUACUAGGAAUUAAUGCACCCCGUGACCAGU